AUGGCAGACAAAGUUGUGCCAUCACAGCUACCAGAGGUGAAGGGGCGCAAUGCCUACGUUUCCUCUCCAAGUGGAUUACGACCGGCCAAGGAGACCACGUUCCGUGAAUGGGUGGUUGCCAACCAGAUCGGAAUCUCCUUGACCACCCUGGCUAUGUUGCUGGCUCUUCAUAACCUCUACCCCUCGCUCCGCCCAUAUACCCAGCCAUUCUUCCAAUUGUCCUAUUAUAACGAAUCCUCGAACUCAUACGUCCAGGGCUGGGAUGAUGUGUACUUCGUCAUCAGUGCUGCUAUCGCACUCACCGGUAUCCGCGCUAUCGCCAUCGAAUGGGUUCUGCAGCCAUUGGCUCGUGCCUAUGGGUUGAAGCGAAAGCAGUCGGUUCGCCUCGCUGAGCAGGGUUGGCAAGCUAUGUACUAUUCGUUCAUAUGGGGGGUAGGAUUGUACCUCUGGAAAACGUCAUACUAUUGGGGAGAUUUCGCCGCCAUGUGGUCGCAAUGGCCCGCCCGUCCUUUGUCCGGCUUGAUGAAGUGGUAUCUUCUCGUCGAGCUGGCAUUCCUUGUGCAGCAGAUCUUCGUGAUCCACGUUGAAGAGAGACGGAAGGACCAUGUUCAGAUGCUCUCCCACCAUAUUAUUACCAGUGCUCUCCUGAGCUCUGCCUACAUCUACGCUAUGUACAAUGUGUCCAAUGUGGUGCUAUGCCUCAUGGAUAUUGUGGAUUUUUUGUUACCGUCUGCGAAGAUACUCAAGUACUCGAAGUUCGAAACGGCCUGCAAUGUUGGGUUUGGCCUCUUCAUGGGCACAUGGUUUAUCACCCGACACAUUAUUUACCCCAUGGUGUGCUGGUCCGUUUAUCAUGAUCUUCCCCGUGAACUCACCUAUGGCUGCUACAGCGGCUCGACAAGCGAGUUCAUCUCAGCGGAGGCCCCGAAUGCCUUCGCAUAUAUGCUUGGUCCUUACGCCAGUUUGGACAACCCCAUCUGCUUCAACCCUACUCUAAAAUGGAUGUUUUUAUCCCUUUUGUUGUUCCUUGAGGGACUGUCCAUUGUAUGGUUCAGCAUGAUUGUCCGUGUUGCCUACGGUGUGGUUUGCGGCGGUAACGCUGAAGACACCCGCAGUGACGAAGAAGACGAAGCGGAAGUGGAAGACCAGACUGCAUCCCACGUUCCUGCGCACUUGGCUGCUAAGGACGGUGUUCCUACCGAUACCAUCGAAACCGGAAACGCCCCAGGGUUGGGUCGUCGGCGGUCCAAUGGCACCGCGUCGGUGCGUGCCCGGGGCCUUGGUCGUGUUCCUUUCGAUCCUAGUGACCGAAAAGCUCUCUUGGGCCGCAUUGGAUGUGAAAAGCCAACCUAG